AUUUUAAUUUAAUUUCCCUCUGUUAUAUAAACCCUUUCUUCUACCUUCGUCUCCAUUAUCUCUCUCCCUCUCAAAAACUUUAUUCCCCUCUCAUCGAAUUCACAUUUUCUCUCUCUAAAAUUCUCUCACAACCAUGACUGCUUACAGAGGCAAAUACGCUGAUGAGCUCAUUGCAAAUGCUUCUUACAUUGCCACCCCUGGCAAGGGUAUUCUUGCGGCUGAUGAGUCAACCGGCACCAUUGGAAAGCGUUUUGCCAGCAUCAAUGUUGAGAAUGUAGAAAGCAACAGGAGGGCUCUCCGUGAGCUUCUCUUCACCACCCCUGGUGCCCUUCCAUACCUCAGUGGAGUCAUUCUAUUUGAGGAAACUCUCUACCAAAAGACUGCUGAUGGCAAGCCUUUUGUUGAUGUCAUGAAGGAUGGUGGUGUCCUUCCUGGAAUCAAGGUUGACAAGGGUACCGUUGAGCUUGCUGGAACCAAUGGUGAGACAACUACUCAGGGUCUUGAUGGUCUUGCCCAGCGUUGUGCUCAGUACUACACUGCCGGGGCUCGUUUUGCAAAAUGGCGUGCUGUCCUUAAGAUUGGCCCAACCGAGCCUUCUCCACUUGCCAUCUUGGAAAACGCCAACGGUCUUGCUCGCUACGCGAUCAUCUGCCAAGAAAAUGGAUUGGUCCCCAUUGUUGAGCCUGAGAUAUUGGUUGAUGGAACCCACGACAUUGACAGAUGUGCUGAAGUUUCAGAGCGUGUACUUGCAGCUUGCUACAAGGCCCUGAAUGACCACCAUGUUCUCCUUGAGGGUACCCUCUUGAAACCUAACAUGGUUACCCCAGGAUCAGAGAGUAAGAAGGUUACUCCAGAGGUUAUAGCUGAGUACACUGUCCGUACACUGCAGAGGACAGUUCCCCCAGCUGUACCUGGAGUUAUGUUCUUAUCUGGUGGACAGAGUGAGGAAGAAGCUACACUUAACCUCAAUGCCAUGAACAAGCUAGAGACCAAGAAGCCAUGGACUCUCUCUUUCUCAUACGGUCGUGCUCUUCAGCAGAGUACCCUCAAGGCAUGGCAAGGAAAGGAAGAGAAUGUGGCUAAGGCUCAGGAAGUUUUCCUUGCUAGGGCAAAGGGUAACUCUGAGGCUACCCUUGGAAAGUAUCAGGGUGGUGCUGGAGGAGCUGAUGCCUCUGAGAGCCUUCACGUUAAGGACUACAAGUACUAAGCAAAGUUUUGUUCAUUGUUCAUGGUCCUGACUCCUGUCAUCGUUUCUCAAGUAAAUUUUCGAGUUUUUUUCCCUGGAAAGGGCGCCCUAAUCUUAGAAGCGGUGUGUUGAUGUCUUUAGACUAUUAUUUUAAAGUUUCACUUGGUUUUUAGGUUUGGCUAAAAAAAUAAAUACUUUCUGAAGUAGAUCUGUCCUUGCGAAAAGAGGAUCUUAUUUGUUUUGAGAUUUGUGAAAAGUGUAUUCACUAUAUAAAUCAGAGUGACUUUGCUUCUUUUUCGA